AUGCAGUGUGCUUUGUGUGGUGACGAUGUUAGUGACGCUAUUCGCUGUGGAUCUUGCGAAAAUAAUAUAGGAUAUUGCUGUGCUAACCAAACUGAGCAAGAAUACAGAAAACUCAGCGCUAGUCGAAAAGCGGCGUGGAAGUGCCUAAAAUGCAAAAAGCCAACACCUACAACUUCCAAGGCUACUGAUCUUGAUUCCAUUAUGGUGAAGCUGAAUCAAAUGGAGGUUCACCUUGCGUGUCUCCCAGGUCUAGUGAAAGACGUAAAAGAUAUAAAAUUGGAGCUGGCUGAGGUAAAAAAUUCUUGCGAAUCAAAUAGUGCUAAUUUGACUAAAUGCACUUUGCGUUUAGACGAAGUUGAGAAGAAAAUACCCGAUCUCGAAGCAAAUAAUGUCAAAAUUAAUUCACUUAGCCAACAGUUAGCUCAGCUUAAGAGUGAGAUCACAAAUCGUGACCAAUGGUACCGUCUAAACAAUUUAGAAGUUAAAGGUGUCCCACUCAAGAAUAAUGAGAACCUCUUCACCAUCAUGAAACACAUCGGCGAGAUAGUUGGGUUCCCGAUAGAAACCAACAGUAUUAAUUACAUAUCCCGGAUUCCUGUUCACAAUUCUAAAGAAAAAUCCAUCAUCGUUAGUUUCGUUAAUCGAUAUAUUAAAGAGAACUUCAUUGCUUCGGCGAGACUGAGGAGGACUAUAUCAGCGGAAGAACUCGGAUUCAAGGAUUGUCAUAACAAGAUCUUUGUAAAUGAUCAUCUAACACCUGAUUAUAAAAUGCUGCUAACAAAAACGAAAACCGAAUUGAAAUCCAAGAACUAUAAAUAUGUGUGGGUGAAAUUUGCGAAGAUUCACGUACGCAAGGAUGACAACUCGAAAGUUUACGUCAUUAACAACGAAAGUGAUUUAAACAGAUUACUUUAA